AGCCGAUUGUCAGUUCACACUGAGAUCUGCGGACACAGGAGAUAUCUCCGAUCAGACCAGCUCGUAUCCCGUAGCAGAGCAGUUCAUUCCCGUUGGUUUUUCUUUUGGAGAUAAUACAGUCGUUAAAAGUAGACAUCCAAAGAAAUCAGCAAAGUUAAAUCCUAAGAAGAGAAGGAAGAAGAAUGGGGCAGAAAACGCCAUUAAUAUUGAUGACUUUAUUGUCUUAUUGCGUCUGGAGAGAUGAGGCUCUGGCCAUGACGGAGGUUAAUGGACCAGUUGGUCCUCAUGCGGGGGAACCUCAGAUCGCCAUGUUUUGUGGUCGUCAGCUUCUACACAUGAACACUGAGAACGGACAGUGGGAACCAGAUCCUCAGGGACGACAGGGAUGCUUCACCCAGCCCAGCAAGAUCCUGUCAUACUGCCAGGAGAUGUAUCCAGGACUGCAGAUUUCUCACGUGGAAGAGGCCUCGUCUCCAGCGACUAUCCCGAGCUGGUGUAAGAAGGGCUGGGGUCACUGUCAGACCCGCACUUUCAUUGUCGUGCCCUAUCGUUGUCUGGUGGGCGAGUAUGUCAGCGAGGCGCUCUUGGUUCCAGAUCGUUGCCGUUUCUUACACCAGGAGCAGAUGGAUUCUUGUGAGAGCUACGUUUACUGGCACAACAUCGCCAAAGAGGCCUGCACGGCUGACAGCCUGGAGCUGCAUAGUUACGGGAUGCUGUUGCCGUGCGGUGACCGUUUCCGUGGGGUGGAGUACGUCUGUUGCCCCGGCAGGGCAGGCUCGAGCGGACGAGGAGAGACGGAGACUACGGACGCUGUACAAGGAGAAACAACGCCCUUCGUGUCCAUGGCUGGAGAAAAAGUGGUCACCAGCGUGAAAACGACACAACCCACUCCCAGUCCCUCUCCCGAGACGGACAUCGAGGAAGACGACAUGGAGGAGGAAGAGGAAGAGGUAGUAGAGGAAGAAGCAGAGGAAGAAGAGGAGGAGGAGGAGGAAGGCAAUGACGAAGAGGCCGCUGAGGUAGAAGAAGCAGAGGAGGGAGAAGCGGCGACGACGGUGAAAGACCAGGAGGAGUACGAGUAUCCCAUCGACUCUCAUUUCCAAGGACAAGACUACAUGGACAACUUCUACUACGACAAGAACCUCCAGACGGCCAAGGCCUCCACCCAGCCUCAAACACGGAUGGACAGCUUGCCCACUCCUCGACCUACAGAUGGUGUGGAUGUUUACUUCGAGAUGCCCGGUGACGAUAGCGAACAUGCCAGCUUCCUGCGUGCCAAGUUGGACCUGGAGGAACGGCGAAUGAAACGCAUCAAUGAGAUCAUGAAGGAGUGGGCAGAGGCAGACAACCAGUCAAAGAACCUGCCAAAGUCAGACCGCCAGGCACUGAACGAGCACUUCCAGUCUGUUUUACAGACCCUCGAGGAGCAGGUAGCAGGUGAGAGGCAGAGGUUGGUGGAGACGCACCUGGCCCGUGUUGUUGCCACCCUGAAUAACAACCGUAGACUGGCUCUGGAGAGCUACCUGAGCGCCGUGCAGAGCGACCCUCCACAGCCGGACCGUGUUCUUCAGGCUCUGAAGCGUUACAUGGCAGCAGAGCAGAAGGACAGACGACACACUUUACGUCAUUAUCAGCACAUUGAGUCUGCUGACCCUCAGAAAGCUGAGCAGAUGAAAUUCCAGGUGUACACACACCUCCACGUGAUCGAAGAGAGAAUGAACCAGAGCCUGGCUCUGCUCUACAAGGUCCCCGGCCUGGCUGAGAAGCUUCACGAUGAGAUCCAGGAGUUGAGAACAGAGAGGGGGGACAUCAGCGAGCUCAUGACCACUUCCUUUUCUGAGACGCGCACCACUGAAGAGCUGCUUCCUGCCGAGAGCGAAGAAGAGAGAGAUGACGAGGAGGAAGAAGACAGGGCUUUUCAGAAUCGCCCCUACCCACCACGCAUCGACCCCCAGCCUAGCGAAAAGAAAGUUUCAUCAGUGGAUGAGUAUGACUACACCACCUCUGAGAGAGGACCAACUUAUGAAUACGAGGAGAAGAUCAACACAUCUGUAGAGCUGAAGCAAGUGGUCUACAAGACUCCAGAAAUCCAGAGAGAUGAGCUGCAGCCGGACGUUUUGGAGACGUUUAACCGUGGGGCGAUGGUGGGGCUGCUGGUGGUUGCCGUGGCCAUCGCUAUGGUGAUGGUCAUCAGCUUGUUGUUAGUCCGCCGUAAGCCAUAUGGAACCAUCAGUCAUGGCAUAGUGGAGCAGGUCGACCCCAUGCUGACCCCCGAGGAGAGACAGCUGAAUAAGAUGCAGAAUCACGGCUACGAAAACCCCACUUACAAAUUCUUCGAGCAAAUGAACUGAGGAGGGCUGUGCAGUCUCAAGGCCAUGCCCUCCUCUCUCGCCUCCCGUUUUUCGAUUGGGGUUCCCACUGCAACCCCCUCUCCCUCGUACUGUAUGUAUGUCUAUAUGACCGAUGUUCAAAAUGUACAACAAACCCGGCACGCAAAUAGGGAGUUUGUAGUAAAAUGUUUGCAUACUACUCUCUCGUCAGGGAGAGACACUAAUAAGAGAAUCAGCAGAGCACCGAAAGCUCCUUUAUCCCCCGGUUUUUGCUUUCGUUCAUGAGGGUGUGGCCGCGCCGAGCAUGUUCGGCCAUUUUAAAAUCUUGGAACAGCGUCACACUUUCUUUUACGAAUGAAUUAUGCGUUUCAAAGAAGCUGAGUGAGUUUGUCUCGUCGUUUCUAUUUUCGAAGCAGAGUUUAUUUCAUGGUGAAACUGUGAUACGAAUGAUAUAUUUUUGAGUUCACCGGAAGAUGUUUUGACCCUCUAAGACGACUUAGUUAUAGAUUCGAGUCAUUUUAGACCGCUAGCUUCAUUCUGUUUGACUUCAGACAUAAAACGAACGAGGUUUGUAUUCACGUAUAACUCAUCCGUCUGACAUUCUGGUAGAUUGUUAGUCGCAGAUCACACCGUAAGAAACUGAAUCAGUGUUUUAAAUGUACCACGAACGUUCAUCGAACAAUACUACCCGAAAGCUUAGAAUAUUUUUCUGGUAUUGCUUCUUUAAAAGUCAAUUCUAAGUAAUCUGAAGUCCAUACGCGUAAAGAAAAGCAUGCGAAAUUUGGUGUAUGAUGCUAUAAUGUACUUGUGUUGGUCCUGUUUCUUGCUUUUUGAUAAAAAUGAAAAUAUCACAGUGCAACAAUGACGUGUACAUAACUAAAGACGUAACUCGAAUAGACGUUUCUAUCAUUAAUUUGUAUCGACGCAACGUGUGGACGUAAAGAUGACCUUGUGCUGCUCACACAGAGAACGAAACAUUUCCUAACAUGGCUGAAUGAAAACGGACUGUUGUAUAAACCAGCACAAGAAAAUGACACAGUAACUCCUGACUGAAUGUAUCUUCGGUAGACAUAGGCUCCAUUCACGUUCCUCCGAACACACCGCGGCGGUUAGAGCGUAGGUUAGUUAGCUUAGCUUAGCUAAUCGUUCCGAUUUCAUACAGUAGUUGAUUUAACUGUCGAGGGUUUGUGUUGCGUAACUGAAACCAGUGUCACCUCCGAAACGUGGUAAGCAACUUUGACUGACAAGAUGUGAUUCCAGAACUGGUUUAAGUUUCUGUACACGUGUCACUAAGUCUUGAAAAUCAAGUUUUAUUCGGGUGUUUUUUUUUAUAUUAGAGGGUCCUAGAGUUGUCUGUCUAAUGCAUUUCUGUUCUAGUACAUGAUAGAAAUUUUCAAUCAAAUUUUUGCGUGUCUGUCGCUGUGACACAAAUAACAUAAACGCAACAAUUACUGUUAGCCUGUCGUAGAAAGGACAUGUCUUGCUCUAAAUCUUUUUAUUAGUAGAACAAACAGGUUUUUGAGAAGAAUACGGCAUCAUCCUGUGUUUAAAUAUUAAGUGACAUAUCAGCAGAAGUGAAACCAAAAUGUGGGCCAGAUACGUUUGUGUUUAUCUUUACUUCAGUCCAAACCUACACUUUUAUACCAAACCAAACUCUGUCCUGUGAAACCUAUUUAUUUAAGAAAAAGAUAUAUACAGAUUUUUUUCUGAGUAAAGAAACACCAAACCGUAUGACAUGAUUGUUUGUAUUUGAUUGCCUUUUUGUCUUCCUUUGUUGUGCAACAUUUUGAACAUAUAAGAACUGAAACCAAACCACAGAAAACCCUUGUUUAACCACACAUCGAAUGGAAACCUCUCGAGACACGCUAGUUAUUUUUUAAGGCAUCGAUAGACUCAUAAAUCCUCAUUUAGACCUAAUUCAACACAUUGCACCGGAGCUCAUGGCACUUAAAGCAAAACAUGAACGGCCUACUGCUGAUUUGAUCGCUCUGAUGUGUAUUUAUGAAUUGCGAUGAGUUAAAAUUGUGGUUUGAUGCCCUAAUUUAGGACUCUUAUAUAGAUUUCGUACCAGCAUCGGGUAGAUUUAGGACAGUGUAUUCAAUUGGGAUCGAAUUUAAGUUCGUAAGUGUCUUCUCUUGGUUGAGAUGACCCUUCCCUCUCUUAUCCUGAACCAAUAGAAAUGUAAACGAAGUUACGGAUGUUUUAACUGCUGCAUUAUUGCCUUUUUCAACGCUGUGUUUUGGAUGUAAUUAUGUGUAUUUUUUAUUUAAGUCAAUAUUAAUUGGAGUUUGGGUCAUUUGCUACAUAGAUUUGGACUGUAAACACUGAACGGGUCUCAUGCUUGAAAACGAAACUAAUUAACCGAGAGCACAACUGUAUCCAGAUUGAUUCAUUUGUGUCCAUUCAUCAGUACUUCAAAAUAUUUCUACGUCUUGCAGAAGAAUCAAUAAAGUGGAGGUUACGAUGGAAAGCCAUUUAGCCUACAUAAUGUGUCGAACAUCUUACACACCCCAGUUUUAUCUUUCAAACUACUAGCGUGUAUUGAAGAUACAGCUCGAUAAUGUAAAACAAUUGGUUAAAAGUAAAGUUUGAUGAGCUUUGAAAAUUUGAUGAACUGGUGCUUUAAGCUACUGAAACCAAUGCAAUGAAAUAAGCUGAUCUCGAAUCAUUCUGAAUUUCACCAAAGAAAAGUUCUGGAUAUGAUUGGAAGGCCCAACUAAUGUGUUAUAUUUUUAAUUGACAUGUAUUGUAAGAGCAAGCAACCUGUGAACCGAUCUGGCUUGUUGUACUUGCAUUGAAUCAACAAUAAAAUUAUAAAUGACCCACACA